AUGGCCGCCACAGAGUUCUUCCCUGGAGAUGAAGUCUUGGUGCGAGACCGAGGAGACAGAGAAGCUCUAGACCAGUUCUACAGGCGCGGAAGACUGGUCCACAAAGUCCAGAGCUGCAGGGGAUUGUGGGUAGUGGAGUCCUGUGGGUCCCGACAGCUGCUCUCAGCUCUGGACCUGGUUCGGCUUGACCCAGGAAACCUUGAACCCGGAGACCCAGAGCAGACGCCAGCCUGCUGUCAAUCAAGCACCUGUUACGACAGCAAUCACAUCUGUUCAUUAGCCACAAGCCCCGCCCCCAGCUGCUGUCGGGCAUCCAUCUGUUGUUAUGACAACAGUCUCAUCAGUUGGCCCUCAUCCUGUCACCACGGCGGCCGCACCACCUGCCCCCAACCCACGUAUGGACAAGGGUCUGGUUCAGUUUUCUCGACCUGUGAGGACGACGAGUCCGUGCAGAGCACAGAGAGCAAACGGCGCCCCCCCUGGAGGAACUGGAGAAGGACAGGACCAGAACCACAUCACAAGAGACCAGGUGGUGCAGUCUCCUGCUCCUCGCCGCAGGUCUGUUACGUCUCGUUCCCGUCGGCUCAGAGCAGAGCUUCAGCCAAUUACAGCAGCGCCCUGUUCCUGCCACUGACCAAUCUCAUGAGGAGGAAUAUCCAAACACAGGCCCCGCCCUCUGCCGGCUACAGCCAAUCACAGCAGCAUCUGUGA